AUGUAAUAGAAUUGAAGAUAGUUGAUCUUGAGAUGCAGCAAUGGAAGAAGGAGCCAGAGCUGGCAUAGACUCAGAAGGUGGAAAAGCCAUAACAGAUCCUCCAGGACUUGUAAUGGAAUCAGGGUUUGGAGGACUUGGACUUGAAGGAAUUGUAGGCAAUGAAGAUUCUGAAGGAGUGAAAGCAGCACUUCCUGGUGUUGGAAACAAAGGUUCAAUAUCUGGUGAAAGUGUUGGAGAUACCAUAGGAGAAGAAGAAGAAGAAGAGGAAGAAGAAGAAGGAGGAGAAUCAACACUUGGUAACACUGUUGGUGCUGCUGAAAUUGUUGAAACAUGCAUGGUUUUGUGUGAGGCUAAUAAUGUAAAAUUGCAUGAUGCAAUUAAUAAGGCUAUGAAGAAGAUUAAGAAUGAAGAAAGGGAAGCCAUAAAUGAUGUAGAAUCAAUUGCCUUAUGAUGAAUGAAUGAAUGAAUUAAAGUCUCUAAUAAAUGUUUGUGUCUUAAAAAGAGAGAAGAAAAGAAGAAGAAAAAGGGAAGUGAUUUAUGAUUGAAAGAAGAAGAAGAAA